AUGCACGUAAUCAUUGUUGGCGCAGAGUUGCUACCUUCAGAGAUUCUGGCAAGGCUGCACGAGUGCACUCCCGACCCCUCCUGCGAUGGUCAAAAUAAGGAAACGCUGGUGAACAUACCGUUCCCGGGAGUAUUCCGACUGAAUAUCAAGAAAACCAAAAGGCUGUGGUCCAGUAUGUUAACAUCAAAGUUAGAAGGCAAGAGGGUAUCGUCGGUAGAGAUGACGCCCGAUGGCCCCAUGGUCGUCUGUGAUGACGGUUCGCGUGAGCACGGCAGUGUUGUCAUAGGCGCCGAUGGCAGCGGCUCGCAUAUACGGCGAUGGCUUCUUGCAGAUCUGGCUGAGCCCGAAGUCCUACCCUGCACGGUGCUAAAUCUUACUGUCCAGUAUUCUGCGGAACACGCCGCUGCACUUGGCCGCAUGUUGCACCCGGUUAUUGACAUUGACAAGCCAGAUCCACGGAAGCCUGAAACAUGGGGCUACUAUAUUCUCUCUUCAUGGCCCGAAACAUUCCGAGUUGAUGGGGAGAAGGACUUGAACCGCUUCCAGUUGUUACAGGCACGGAUGGAUGAUUGGGCGGAACCCUUCGCAUCCGGAGUAGGCUGGGCGCCCAAGAGCCUCGAGGUUAAGGAGGACGUCAUGAAGAUUUGGUCACCGAAACCAUGGAACAACUAUGGUGGCAGGAUCACCUUAGCUGGUGAUGCUGCACACAGCAUGACAUGGCAUCGCGGACAGGGUGCCAAUAUUGCGUUCGCAGACGCUUUUCAAUUUGUCAAGGCUAUUGAAAGCGUCGUGAGAGGAGAAGCGCCCCUCCAAGCGGCAAUCGAAGCAUACGAGAAGGAUGUGAUCGCCCGCGGAGUCAAGGAAGUUGCGAUCUCCAAAGCCCAGAUGGAAUCUUCCCACAACCAUUCCAGCUAUAAGAACAGCCAUGUCGCGCGUCACGGUGUAGAUCCAGUGGCCUAACCAGCACCUGUGCUGGUGAGGAAGCAGGAUUCCGCCGCAAACGAGCUGGGACUUCUCUUCUG